AUGAAUAAUACAAUUUUAAAUACAGCCGAAGGAGUUAUCAAUAAUAUUACGGCCUCAUUUAAUCGGCCACUCAAUAAACAAUUUUUAACUUUAGAGAAUCCAGUUUUCGGAGUUUUUAUGUUUUGGACAGGCUUAUUAGCUUUAAAAAUGUUAUUUAUGUCAUUGUUACCUUCCAUUCAAAAAUUGAUUUUUAAGGGUGAUAGUGAGAAACUGGAGAAAAAAAUUGAAAUAAGUCGAAGUGCACACCGGAAUGAUAUGGAAAAUAUUUUACCAUAUUUUACAAUUGGAUUACUAUACGUUUGUGUAAAUCCUCCACCAUUAUUGGCAACAAUUUUAUUUAGAUUUGCAACUAUUUUUAGGGUACUAUUGCCAUACGUUCGUGUAUGCUAUUUACCCAAUACCACAACCAGCGAGAGUAAUUUGUUUUGGAUUACAUUACGCGAUUAUGGUUUAUAUGGUGAUCCAUAUUUUGGUUAUUUCAAUUAA